CAGCAGCCAGUAAACAUGGCUGGUGUUGGUUUCCGACGGUUGGCCCUCGCUCUCUCCAAAGGGAAAGGGCCCGGCAUUUCAGCCCUGCUUUCGGGAUGUAGAGCGGCCUCUGGUGUGUCAAAGGAUAGUCUACCUGGUCCGUACCCGAAUACCCCAGAGGAGAGAGCCGCUGCUGCAAAGAAGUACAAUAUAAGGAUUGAGGACUAUGAACCAUAUCCUGACAAAGGAGAGGGAUUUGGUGACUAUCCAAAGCUACCAGAUAGAUCUCAGCAUGAGAGAGACCCCUGGUACCAAUGGGACCACCCUGACCUGAGGAGGAACUGGGGAGAGCCGAUGCACUGGGAUUUUGACAUGUACAUCAGGAACCGUGUGGAUACAUCUCCCAGUCCUGUCUCCUGGUCAACAAUGUGCAAACAUCUGUUUGGUUUCAUCGGGCUCAUGCUGUUCCUGUUCUACGUUGGGGAGAAAAUGCCGUCCUACCAACCUGUGGCAGCGAAACAGUAUCCCUACAGCAAUCUGUACUUGGAGAAAGGAGGAGAUCCUGAAAAACAACCAGAGGAAGUCAAACAUUAUGAAAUCUAACGAUUGAAAUCUGACUCUACUUGUGUAUAUAUAUUUCUCUGUCAAGAAUAAAGACGUAUGUUAACAAUUACA